GACCCGGUAGAGCGGAAGUCACUCCGUGAGGCAGUGGCGACAGCGGCGGCAAGAGGAUGAACAACAAGUUCGACGCGUGAGUGGCGCGUGGCCGACCCCGGGGCCCCUUCCCCCAACCGUCCCCCGGGACCGCUCCCGCCGGGGCCGGGCGCGCCCUCAGCCGAGCCGCUCGCUCCCGGGCCGCCGCAGCCCGAGCCUUCCUGCGCCCGCGGGCCCGACGGGGCCGGGAGAGCGCGGCCGAGGUCGCCGGGACCCCUGAGCCGCUGGACCCCGGCGCGGCACGGGCCGGGGGAGGGGAGGCCGCGCCGCCCGGAAGGAGAUUUUCGGACGCCCCGCCCUGGUGGGUGCGGGCUGCCGGCGGCGUGGAGGGGCGGGACCUCAGCGCUUCGGGUGUUUCCGCAGCCUUGCUGCCUUCUCUCUGAACGCGGCUUCCCUCCCGCACUCGCUCGGCGUCCUGGGAAGGUCACCUCUCCCUUCCGAGCCUCGAUUUUGUCUUCUGCAAGCGGGGACGGUAACAGAGCCCGUGUCGUAGAGUUGGGCAGCUGCGAUGAGCUUAAAAGAUGAUGACAGUGGAGACCAUGAUCAGAAUGAAGAAAACAGCACACAGAAAGAUGGUGAGAAGGAAAAAACAGACCGAGACAAGAGCCAGAGCAGUGGCAAGAGGAAGGCUGUUGUCCCUGGACCAGCAGAGCAUCCCCUGCAGUACAACUACACCUUUUGGUACUCGAGGAGAACCCCUGGCCGUCCCACCAGCUCGCAGAGCUAUGAGCAGAACAUCAAGCAGAUUGGCACCUUUGCCUCUGUGGAGCAGUUCUGGAAGUUUUACAGCCACAUGGUACGUCCUGGGGACCUGACAGGCCACAGUGACUUUCAUCUCUUCAAAGAAGGGAUUAAACCUAUGUGGGAGGAUGAUGCAAAUAAAAAUGGGGGCAAGUGGAUCAUUCGACUCCGGAAGGGCUUAGCUUCCCGCUGCUGGGAGAAUCUCAUCCUGGCUAUGCUCGGGGAGCAAUUCAUGGUUGGGGAGGAGAUCUGCGGGGCUGUGGUCUCUGUCCGCUUUCAGGAGGACAUUAUUUCUAUAUGGAAUAAGACUGCCAGCGACCAAGCAACUACAGCCCGAAUCCGGGAUACUCUUCGGCGCGUGCUUAACCUACCUCCCAACACCAUUAUGGAAUACAAAACUCACACCGACAGCAUCAAACAACAUAAUGCUGGUGGAUCCUUGGCUGUACCCUGAGGCUCAGGCCUGGUGAAGAAAUGGUUUCUGCUACCUGGUUCCCAAACCCAGUGCAGCAAAGGCAAGAACUGUUGCCACUUGCUGAAGCAAGAUGGAAGUAUUUGUGGACAUGGCUGAGCUUCGACUCUGACUUCAGUGACCGCGCCUUCGCUGCUGUUGAAGGAGCACUGGGAAGUACUCAAGGGAGUAGUGAAGGCUAGACUUCCUAAGUAAAACAAGCUGAAAACGACAACUACCUGCCAUCUAAGAAGAAAGCCUGCUGGCCCUCACUCUUGACUCAGCUCCUGUUUCCAGUCAGCAUGGAGGGAUCGAGGUGGGAGGUGGGGUGAUGGUGUCUGCUCUGUUCUAAGCGUUUGAUCUGAAUGUGCUGUUGUUUUUGUCUCUGGUUUACCAGGGCCUGGGAGGAGUUUCAUGGCCUGGUGAACAGCAGCGGCCGCUGAUCGGACGCUCCCCCUCUGUCUCUCACACUCAGGGUAGGGCCUUGUCUACCUUCUCUGUAACCCCAUGACAUACCUCUCAGCUAUAGGAACCCUCUCCCCAAGGGGAUGCCCUCUUCCCAUUUGCCUCCAGCCUUGCCUCUGCCAGCAUUGCACCUCAGGGAACCAUGAGUUCCAAACUAUGUCUCAUGGUUAACCCCUUAAAGGUCACCAGACCUCAUGCUUCUACGUUCCCGCUUGGCUCCGUGCACCAACAGAUCUGAGAUAUCUUGAGAUGCUAACAUGUCAUGAGAGUAAAUAUGUAUCAUAUCUUCUUGUUCAGUUCAGAUACUUCCCUUUUUUAAGCCAUCUGCCAAUGUUUUAUGGCCAGAGGGCAGUUCCGUAGGCCUCUGUAUGGGUUAGGUGAGAGGUACGCCUCUUGUUUGCUGUCAGCUACAGGGAAACAGUCAACAGACAGGUGAAUUUCAGGGCUUCAUAAGAGACCAGGUCAACAUGACAGAGAUGGGCCCCAAAGCAGGGAAGGCGGGGCCAGCUCCAGCAUCUGCCUGCCUGAGUAUUUGUACUUCAUCAGGGGAGUGUCUGGCCCAUGUCUGUCUCUAGCAGAGAAAUUUGGAGAAGUUUAGCUGAAAUUGAAGCAGUAUUUUUCUCAGAGAGAGCCUCUUCCUAGACCGCACACUCCAUAUGCCUCUGUAGUCGCUGCUUGAGAAGCCCGCCUACACUAGGAAGGAAGUAAAGGUUUUCCAGACCAGGAGACCUGCCGCCCUCAGAUGAGCUAGAAGAGGUGACACUGAGGAGCAGGAGCAGGUGAAUGCAUGGCUGAGUGCUCUCUGGGCUGCAGUGAUCUAGGGUGACCAGCUGCAGGGUUCCUGAAAGUGGAUGGUGUUUCCAACCCCCUGAGUCUCUUUGUAGUUCACCGCUGUGUAUGCCAAGCUAGCUGGUCCAAGAGCUUGCAGAGCUUGUUCUGUGUCUGCCUCCCUUAUGGCGACCACAGACUUGUACCACCCCGCUGGGCUUUUUACAUGUUCUGGGAAUUUAGACCAAAGUCUUUAUGCUUAUACAGCAAGCACUGGCCCACUAAGCUCAAUUUUGUUUUAUUGAGACAGCGUUCAUGUGGCACAGGCUUGAGCUCAUUGUGUGAUUAAGAUAACCCUGAACCUCUGAUUCUGAUCUUGCCUCCACCUCCUGAGGGGUGGGAUCGUACACAGAGCUCCCGCUCCCCCUCCCUUCUUUAUAGUCUGAUUUUGUUGUAAAUUAGGUUUUGUCCAGGUGUAGUGCUUUAUACCAAUACUCUCAACAAUGAGAAAGCUGAGGCAGGAGGAUUGCUAAGAGUCUGAGACCAGCCUGAGCUACACGGUGAGUUCAGGGCCUGCCUGAGUUAUGUUGAAAUCUUAGGUGUCCUCCCCUGCCUCCAGCCCUGCAGCAAGUCUUUACAAUAGAAACUUAAAAUGACUUCCUUAGCAGACACUACAUUCUUCCAGGAUACUGUUGACUUGUUUGGAGAAGUCAUAGUCCUUAAUAAUUACCACAGUAUAUUUUCUCUCUCUGUGGCCCUCCUGGGCUUUAUGCCCUUGCUGCUUUAGGUGCUCCUGAAGCACGGGCUUAGGAGUCUGUGAGGAACAUUCUAAUUUAUACCCAAAAGACACACACACACACACACCCCACAUUGGUGGGGGUUACCUCACCCAGCUUGAAAGCAAGCCCCUCCUCAUAUUUCACCUCUGUUGUUUGGGGUUUGCUUUUGGUGACAUGGUCUAAGAUGUAGGCACCUUCUGCACGGACACCUUAGCUUCUUGUCCCUUUCUUCGAAUGGAUUCCCCUCUACCAAUCGAUCAUGUUCUGUAGAGAAAUUUGAUAGAAAAACUGCUAUUUAAAUAAUUCUAGCCAGACAGGGUGGCAUACACCUAUAGUCUCAAUAUGGCAGAGGCAGGAGUAUUAGUGAAGUUCAAAGCUAGUGUGGGCUACAUUGUAUGACACUUGUCCACACCCCUGUAAAAGAGUGAGGAAGAUGGGAGCUCAUACAUAUAGUCCUAGCACGUGGGAGGUGGAAUCCCAAGGAUUAGGAGGCCAUUGUCCUUACAGAGCAAGCUCAAAACUAACUUGUGCUGCAUGAGACCCUGCCUCAACACAAAAAAUAAAAACUCCUUACAUGCAUACAUCUUAAACUUCAAAUAUUUUUCCCAAGUUACAUGUUUUAUAUGUUCGCAUAAUCUAUUAUUUAACUUUCUUUAUGGAACCAGGCUUGUAAUAAAGUACCGCUAAGUCAGAAGGAGCGGAUCCUGAUUACCUGAUGACUAGGUUGGCAUGGGCAGAGCAAGGGGUUGUUGGCAAGUACAGCGGUCAUGGUGGUUUAGUAGAUGAGAUUGAAGUACACUCCCUUUGAACCUAGCUUACAGUUGUGCUGAAUCUUCAGGGAGAGAAGAAGAAGCCAAAACUGCUCACCAGAUUAGACUGCUCAUAGCCAGGGGUAAGGGCAGGCAUACUCAGGAUAAUAGGCCAUGGUGACCUCCUCUCCCAUGCCACUUUACAGAGCAGAAACUUGGGUGGCCCAGCACUCACCUGAGGACCCAGGGUCACAUGUUGCACCACGGAGCACGGGUGCACACAAGACACUCCCAGAGAGAAAGACAACCUGAGAAAACCACUUUGUCCCUCUUCCCAAGGGAGUUAAUUCCUGCCUCGGACCCUUGUUUCCAAAGUUAGAACUUGAAUUAAAAAGUGAUUGAUUUGAAGCAAAGAAAA